UUGACAAAGGUUAAGUGACACUUUUAAAGUGUUUUACCAAAUCCUAAAAUUGAACUUGAAGUUUCCAACGUUAUGCGCUUCAUGAUAUAUUUUUGCAGGUAAACCCAGGUCAAGUUGGUUUCUAUCGAGUUCAAUACUCAUCCGCCAUGUUGGAACUUCUGCUACCAGCCAUCAAUGACAGCAGUCUUCCUCCAAGAGACAGACUGGGACUACAGAGUGAUCUCGCUGCUCUGGCACAAGCAGGCCUUGCGUCCACUACAGAAUUCCUGAAAUUAGCCAAGCAGUUCAGAAACGAGACGAACUACACUGUAUGGAACGACUUGACGGCCAACCUAAGCAACCUGGCCAAGCUGUUGCAGAACACUGGGUUCUACUCUAGUUUCCAGACCUUUUGCGUGAAACUCUAUGAGCAAAUUGCCAGCCAAGUUGGAUGGGACCCUAAAGAGGGCGAAGGUCAUUUGGACGCGCUCUUAAGAGGCCUGGUUCUAGGUUGUAUGGGACACAGCGGCGAUCCAGCGACAAUCGCAGAGGCGCGGAAAAGAUUUGACGCUCAUUGUAAAGGUGAAACCAUCAUCUCAGCAGACUUGAGGUCAGCGGUGUACCGCACAGUUCUUAAGCAUGGUGAUGACGUCACCUUGAACGCCAUGAUGAAGCUGUUUAGAGAAGCUGAUUUAGACGAGGAGAAAGUGCGAUUAAUGAGUUGUAUGGGGGCGGUGUCACAGCCUGAACUGAUCAAGAAAGUGUUAGCUUUCUCCAUGUCGAGUGAGGUCCGUUCCCAGGACACAGUCUUUGUCAUCGCAGGUGUGACCGGCAGGUAACCCAGAAGUAUGGUGCGAAGUCUGAAAGUGAUAGAGUGGUCCCCGUUCGAGUGCCGGACAGGAUGAUUUUGUUGUGUGUUUGGGCAAUACACUGUUUUCUCACGGUGUCUCUACAACCGGAAAAAAA